CCCCAAGAGCCACUCCAACCCUCAUCACCCCCUCCUCCCAUCCAUCACCUCAAUCGCACCCAAACCCCCCAAAACCCCAGCCAACAGCCAGCCCUCUCGCGAUCAAUCGCCACCCACCCUUAACCAUGGCAAUCUACAGUUCUGUCCCCCCCCCGAACCAACAAGCCUCCGUCGACAUCGAAACCUGGACCCUGCACGCCCUCCAACACCUCGACAUCACACCCCUCCAGAUCCCGCUCCACGACGACCCCGCCGACAUCACCACCACUUCCGCUCCUGCCCCGAAACCUCGGGCCACAACAACCACAGCAUCGAAACCCAAGCCCGCGCCCUCCAAACGCCGGGAACUCGCCGAGAAAGGGAAGGAGGGAAGUCGUCGCCGUAAACGCUGGGAAAACGACCGCCUCAUCGGCGUCCCUGGUGUUGUCGCCCCUUCAUCCCGCGAUUGGGAAGUCCAUAGCUCCAGCCCCGUGCGUCGAGUGCCGUACUACCUCGCCCCCCUCUGGGAAGGGGUUUCCGAAUCGCGCCGCUCCGAGAACGUCGAUAAAGAAGAGGAGAGGGGCCGCGUGCCGAGCGAACUCCGCGAGCGCAUCCGUCGCGGCAAAGUCGAGGGCGAAAUGCUGCGCCACCUAGAGUGCGAAGUCCGCCGCUUCGUAGUAGAAUGGGAAGUUGGAGCCCGCCCCCCCUCCUCCUCGCGCGCCGCAGGCGCAGAGAGCAGCGACGAGGAAGUCGUAUUCGUCGGCCGUGACCUGUCCGCGCGCACGAUGAGGGAGAGGGAGGAGGAGCGCAGGGCAAAGAUCGAGAGGGAGAGAGAGAGGGAGAGGUGUGUGUUUGAGGCUAGGGUGGGCGACAGGGGGGGGGCGCUGGGGAGGUAUUUGGUGCAUGCGUUGGCGGGAUAUUAUGGAUUGAGGAGCUGGAGUGUUACGGUGGGGGGGGGAGGAGGGCGGUGGUGGGGAUUAGGGGGGUGGGCGGGGAGAUGCCGGGGCCGUUGUAUGCGAUGGUUUAGAGUGUUGACCGGUGGUGAAGAGUGUAUAGAUGAUGAGAUUGUUAGGCUUUGA